AUGGCCGUGUCCUGCCCAGCCGUCUUUGCCUUGAGCUCGCGCCCGUGGGAUCCGUCCCGCCGCUUCGAGACGUCGUGGCUCCUCCCGCCCUGGGCCCUGUUCGCCUGCCGCGCUCUCAUCUCUCUGUACGUCUUCACCACCCUCUUCUUCGUCCUCGGCUACCUGUGCGCCCACCCCUCCGCGGGCGCCUGCGCCGCCGCCCGCCGGUCCUUCUCCUACUUCACCGUCCUCACCUACUGGGGCCUCGGCUUCUACUUCCUCUUCGCGGCCGUCCACACCCUCACCUACGCGCGCCGCGGCCGCCCCCUGCUCGACGCCUUCCCGCGCCCGCUGCAGGCCCUCCACUCGCUUCUCUACACCACCGUCGUCACCCUGCCGUGGCUCGUCACCGUCGUCUACUGGGGCGUCCUGCACAAGGGCCCCUGGUUCGCCGCCGACUUUGAGGCCUGGCGCAACGUCUCCCAGCACGCCCUGAAUGCGGCGUUUGCGCUCUUCGAGAUCCUCGUCCCCAGGACGGAUCCGCCGCCCUGCCUCCACCUGCUGUGGCUGCUGGCCAUCCUGCUGGCCUAUCUGGCCCUGGCGUUCCUCACCCUCGCCACGCAGGGAUGGUACACGUACAGCUUUCUGGACCACGAUGCGGUCCGCGGGAGGGGCGUGGUGGCUGCCUAUGUCUUGGGUAUUGCCGUGGGCAUCGCGGUGACUUUUGGCGUCGUCUACGCGCUCAUCUGGCUCAGGAGGUGGCUUACCGAGGCCAAGAUGGGGAUGAAGGGCAAGUUUGUCGAGGCGCAUGGGGCGUGUGAUGUUGAGAUGCGUGCCAACGAGCAAAAGGAUGACGGGCAGGCGUUUUCUUGA